AUAGAUGGUUACAUUUUACUGUGUUAGAUGAUUAUUAUUAAUCCAUAUCUUUUAAUUGUAGGAGAGGCUGGGUUAUUUGGAAGAUGGAAAAACUAUUUUUAAAUUGCAAUUAAGGCUUUGCUCAUCUUUUUACCCAAUUAAUGAGCGCAUAUGGGAUUUUUUUCUUGAAUACGAUAGACACUCUUUGAACAAGUCCUCCAUGUGGUUCUGAACUUUUGGAGGGUGGUCAAUAUUGGAGCAACUGCUUUAGUUACAGACACAGCAACAACAAUAUUUGGAGAAACUGGUGCUAGUGUAGCAACUGGAGUGACUGUAUGUAUAUAAAAAUUCUAUCCUCUUUAUGUGCCCCACAUACCCAACCUCCUUGUCUGCCUCUAUUCGUACUUGUAUGUAACUCAUUGUGAAUUUGUAGUAAAUUAGAGUAAAAGGCUAAAAUUUGUUUCAGGAUGAAUCUCUUUAAAAUAAAUAAGAAAUCAUGAUGGGUAAUUCUGAUAGACUACAGAAUGUAGGACUUUCCAUGACAUAGAUACUUGCAUUUCAACUCUUGGGCAUUGGUCAUUUUUAAUUUUUCUUUUUUCGAUAUUGUAGGUAACCAAACCUUUUGGGCACUAUUCAUUCUUGAUGUAGUAUGGUCUAUAUGUAUCUGUGCACACUGAAAGGCAUAGCACCUUUGUUGAGGGAACAAAAAAAAAUAAGAACAUAAAAGAAAGAAAGAAAGAAAUUAUAAUCAUUGAAUUUUUCCAAAUGAUUCUAGGUUGCUAUUUUGCUUCUUACUGAGAUCACUCCAAAAAGUAUAGCUGUUCACAAUCCCGUGGAGGUUGCUAGAUUUGUGGUAAGUUUUCCAUUUAAGUUUCCAUUUUCCUCUUGAAUUGGCAACUGAAACUUUGCUGAGAAAAUUUAACUUUCUCUUUCAAACUCGAUGGUCUAUGUUGCUAUGUAUAUAACUCUUUUCUACCUUGCUGAUGACUGCUAGCAAUUUAAAAUUAUUUGACUAAUGCUGUUUGCUGUGACACUAGGUCAGGCCAGCGGCUUGGCUUUCCUUGAUAUUAUAUCCAGUGGGAAGAGUCAUUACAUAUUUAUCAAUGGGAAUGUUUAUAGUACUUGAUCUGAAAGGGAGAAAAUGAAGGAAAUCAUAUCCUCCAUUUUCUCUGUUUCACUUUUUGUUUACAAUUGCUUGUAUUGUAAGUGUUAAGUUUGAAUUGACUGCUUUCUGAAUGCUUUGCAUGUUUUCUCUUUAAAUUAGUGAACCUUAUGUUACUGAAGAUGAAUUGAAGCUGAUGUUAGAUGGGGCAGAGUUUAGCGGAGCAAUAGACGAGGAAGAGCAGGUAGUGAAAUAGGCUAAUUUUUUUUACUGUACUUACAUGAGUAUCUCUUUUGUUUCAUAUAAGAACUAGGAAGUUUCUUCAGUUGCUGAAUGCUUUUACUAAGAUGAAAUUGAUCAAUAUCAUCUAUGCUUGACUCUGGUUGCACAUUUACAGUAGAACAUAUCUUUUCCUUGCCAUAUAUUUCUCUAGCAAUUUCUGUUUUAAAAUCAGAUUCUAGUGGAAAUCCAAUUUAAUUUUUUUGCCAACAGUGAAGGAGACCCUGUUUCAGCAGACUGAUUUGUUGUUGUUUUAGUAGUUAUUGUCUAGGGGAAAAGAAAAUGGAAAAAAUAGAAGGCUUCAAUUAUCUAUACAGUAAAAUUUAGAAAAAUUGGUUUUGCAGAUUCAAUGUCAGUGUGGAAUCUUAGAGAAUUCUAGAUCAGAAAGGUUCACAUGGCUGUUGUUCUUAAUGGAUAUGGCGGAACUGUUGGGAUGAAGUAUCAACAUCUGAAAUAUCAUCAUUGUCAGUUGUGCAUAUGACGGUGUCUCUGGACCAUAAAUUCUCCAACAUUGGAGUCUGAAUGAUCUGAACCUGGGUAUUCUUACUCUGCAGACUAGCUUAUCUUUUAAGUGUACACUGAAGAGGCACCUCUGACUGAAGCAUGAGUACAAGGUGUAAAAGCGAUCUGUAUGGCACAUAAGGCAUAGCUGCAUUGAUCUGCCUUGAUUCAGGGAACAUCUGUAAGAGCUCUUUCUCCUGCCUUAUCUCCUUGGCUCUCUCCAACUGUCUGAACCUUUCUUGCAGAAGAGCAAUGGAUGGAUGAACGACUGUUGGAUACUUGGAUCAAUCUGUUAAUAACCCUUAAAGGAUAAUAAAGGAAAGGAUGAUGG